AUGAACCCCAAACUUCCCUACAUUCUCCUGACCGGAGCUGCGGUGAUCAUCUUCAUUCUGUCCUGCAUGCUGCUGAGCCGGGGCAGGCAAUCACCCAGCUGUGACUCCCGGCCCCACAUUGUGGAGAAGAUGGGAUCCACGAGCCAGAGCCUGAUCUUUGCCGACCUGACCCCCGAGGAGAUGGUGCAAGUGGUGCGGUACCUGCAGGGACACCUCGGGGUGCAGCUGGUCGACGCCUCGCUUGCAAAGCCCUCUGAGAGCUGCAUUGCCUCUGUCGACGUCCAGAUCCCCCCCAAGGCUGAGGUGCUGCGGUUCCUGGAUGAGGGGGGGGCUCGUCCCGCCCGGGAGGCCUUGGCUGUGCUGUACUUUGGGAACCAGCUGGACCCCAACGUCACCGAGUACGUGGUGGGGCCGCUGCCGACGCCAACGUAUCACCGGGACGUGACGGUGCAGAAGUACGGGGGGAAGGUGCCGUACCACCGCAGACCCAUGCUGGGCAGUGAGUAUGAGCAGCUUGAAGUGUUCCUAAAGACGAUGGCAUUUGCUGCAGCCCCGACCUUCCUGAAAGAAGUGUUUGAGUAUGAUGGCACCAAUGUGGCCUUUCAAACCACAGCCCCUCAUGGGUUCCACUCUGGAGACCGUAAGUCCUGGUUCAUCGUGUUUCAGAACGUCAGCGGGUUCUUUGUGCACCCGGUGGGGCUGGAGGUGCUGGUGGACCACAGCAGCCUGGACAUCUCCCAGUGGGCGGUGAGCAGGGUCUUCUACAACGGGCAGUACUACAGGGACAUGGCUCAGCUGGAGAGCGCCUACGUGCAGGGUCGCAUCAGGGUGGAGAAGGUGAGGAAAGUGCCUCAGGACGGGGAGUUCUCCUCCAUGAAGCCCCGAGCGCCGCCAGCCGCCCUGUUCCCUUUGCAGUACGAGCCCCAGGGACCCCGCUACAGCGUCCGGAACAACCACGUCCUCUUCCAGGCCUGGAGCUUUGCCUUUGGGAUGAGCGGGAGCAGGGGCCUGCGCCUCUUUGACAUCCGACACAAGGGGGAGAGGGUGGCCUAUGAGAUCAGCGUCCAAGAGGCGCUGUCAGUGUACGGCUCCAACUGCCCUGGGGGGAUGUCCACCAGGUACAUGGACGGGAGCUUCGGCAUCGGGCGCUAUACCUCCCCCUUGGUGCGAGGCGUCGACUGCCCCUAUUCAGCGACCUACCUGGAUGUCCACUACCUGGCUCAUUCCCAGCUCCCCAGAGUUAGUAAAAACGCUCUCUGCAUCUUUGAGCAGAACCUGGGCUCCCCCCUGAGGCGCCACUACUCCAACUUGCAGUCUCUCUACUACGGGGGGCUGGUCAACUCUGCUCUGGUGGUUCGGUCCAUCGCCACUGUGGGCAACUACGACUACGUGUGGGACUUCAUCUUCUACCAGAGCGGAGCCAUCGAAGGCAAGGUCCAGGCCACAGGCUACCCAAGUUCAUCCUUUCUCCACGGGGAUGGUCUGAGAUAUGGCAAUAGGGUUUGGGAGCACACGCUGGGUAUGAUACGCACCCAUUCUGUCAACUACAAAGUGGACCUGGAUGUGGGAGGGGUUAAAAACUCCCUGGUUGCCCACGACAUGGCAUUUGAGAUGACAAGGGCACCCUGGAGCAUGGAGCAGCAGAUAGAGCGCCCACGACUCACCAAGAAAGUCCUGGACACAGAGGACCAGGCUGCCUUCCGGCUCCAGUCAAAGAUGCCCAGAUACAUCUACUUUGCAGCCAACAGCAAAAACAAGUGGGGUCACCAGCGUGGUUACAGGAUCCAGAUCACCAGUUUUGCAGGGGACCAUGUCCCUGAAGCCAGCUCCAUGGAGAAGGCCAUCAGCUGGGCAAGGUACCAGCUGGCUGUCACCCGGAGGAAGGAGAAGGAGCCCACCAGCACCAGCAUCUACAACCAGAAUGACCCCUGGACUCCCACUGUUGCCUUCGCUGACUUCAUCAACAAUGAGACCAUCACCAAUGAGGAUCUGGUUGCCUGGAUAACCACCGGCUUCCUUCACAUCCCACACUCUGAGGAUAUUCCCAACACUGUGACCGUGGGAAACUCAGUUGGCUUUCUCCUGAGACCCUACAACUACUAUGACCUGGACCCCUCCAUAUACUCACAUGAUGGAGUGUUCUUCACCAGCGAGCAGGACUUCACCUCCUGUGAGAUCAACCCCGUGGCAUGCCUGCCCAAAACUGCCUCUUGUUUGCCAAACUUCCCCCCAUUCACCUAUGAUGGCUUCCAAAAUACGAGCAGGCUCUAACACUCCAGGAUGAUGUUAGGAGACAGAUUCAGAGGCACCAGGUUGA